UGGCCACGGUCAGAUGUGGGGACCUCUGGCAGCCUUCCUGACCUGCGAGGUGACCAGCCAGGACCAUGGGGUGCUGUCCAGGGGACUGCUUCACCUGCUGCCCUCAAGACCAAGAAUGUUGUGAAGAGUGCUGCUGCCAGCCCUGCGGCCCCUGCUGUGGGUGCUGUGGUGCGUGCUGUGGUUCCUGCUGUGGCUGCGGCGGUGGGGGCUGUGGCAGCUGUGGCGGGGGCUGUGGGGGCGGCUGCUGCGGCUCCUCCUGCUGCGGGGGAUCUGGCUGCGGCAGUGGCUGCGGGGGCUGCGGGGGCGGCUGCUGCGGGGGCUGCUGCGGUUCCUCCGGCUGUUGCGGCCCUGUGUGUUGUCAGCCCACGCCAGUGUGCGAGACGAAGUGACACCUCUAGAUGCCUCCACUGAUGCCGCCCUCCGACUCAGGGACUACUUCCGCUGCCUUCAGGAGCACCCCGCCUGAGCUCAAGUCCUGCCUUCCGAGUGCCUUGUAUUUGCAGAGGCUUUCAGCUCUUCCAGCGCCUACCUACCUGCUCUGGUCCUGCCAGGCAGUCAAAGCCAGAGCCUAAUGGACCAGAGAGAGAGAGAGAGAUUCGAACUGGGUCCCCACCCAAAAGACGUGAUCCCCGUGGCCUAAGAAAAAGGCUACAUUCCUCUGGCUUUAUUUUCAUAGAGUGUAAUGCCUUGCCACUAGGAAGCAGCCUGUUCUUCAUGGUGCCUUUGGGACUGACCCCCCCCCCCCCCCCCCCCAGUUUUCUGCUACUUUGGAGAUGCGAAAAUUCCUCUUUGUUGAGUUCUUAAUAAAUUCGAGCAUGCUGCCACAACCAAA